AGCUUAGAAAAUUCUCGAGGUGAUUUGCAUUGGAUAAGUAAGCUGUGUAAAGUAGAUUGUAAUUCGGAACAUUCAAUCAAGCAUUAGUUGAGGUCGGAUUUAUUCUUAUUGCUGAACAUAAAGUCGUGUUAUAAAUCAGAAGAAAAAUGGAGGGAACAGAUCAAGACGCAAUUUUCACCCGUCUUAACUCGAUUUACGUAAAUCUGAACGGAAAUUCGCUGCGUGACGUGUCAUACCGCAGUCCGGCACGAAAGAUUUUUGGCCAGAAGAAUAACAUGCAGGUCAAAAAAGACGCAUUCGUGAGCGGCUACAAAAAUCUGUGCAAAAUAGAUCAGGAGUUCGAGUCCGAUGUGGAAUCAAAGAAUGACAUUGUUAAGAAAUGCAUAUGCGAGCGUCCGAUGAAGCCCCUCGAGUGUAGUCGCUGCCGCCACUACUUCCGUGGACGUGUUGCCACAAUAUGCGAGAAGCAUCCAAUGGAGACUUUCCUGAUGGACUUUCGCCAGUGUCCCUACUGUUCGGCGAGUCGCGACAAGAUCAAGGCAUCUGAUUUGACCUGGGAUCCGAGAUCUGAGAUCCGUAAGAUAGAGAACGCUCAACUACCCGAUGAUUCUCUGUAAAUCGAGUUUGAUACUCGCCAGCAUCAGAAUCAAGAACUGUACAAUACCAAGAAACUUGUCAAAGAAAAGUAGUUUUUUUUUUAAAUCGUGCGACCCAGAUGAGUCUGGAGUCUCUGUUGAAGUUGUGCGUGUUGUGCGGGAAACACUCUUUAUUUGUUGCUGGUAAAAAGACAAUCUGUAAAAUUACAAAUCAAUAUGAUGAUUGCCUGAAUAUCAUACCUAUUAAAACUGCAGUUCAAUGA